AUGGCGGCAACGGCAGCGGCGGCGACAGGCCCGCGCGCGGGGUUCCCGUCGCAGGAGCUGCUGGACGACCUGUGCAGUCGCUUCGUCUUCAACGUACCAGGGGAGGACCUGCAGUCGUUUGAGCGCAUGCUCUUUUCCAUCGAACAGGCGCAUUGGUUCUACGAGGACAAGUGUCGCGAGCGGCACACGCCACCUCUUCGCUCGUUCACUCUCCGAGACUUCACCAACCUCUUGUUCCAGCGCUGUGUGGCUCUUAAACCAUACGCGGCACGAGUCAAUGACAUAUACAACGAGUUUACGAGCUACAAGUUCAAAGUGCCGGUCACGGGGGCGAUCAUCCUUGACCAUUCAAUGACCCGGUGCAUACUCGUUAAAGGGUGGCGAACCUCUGCGAGUUGGGGCUUUCCCAAGGGCAAGAAGGGGCUAAAGGAGACGGAUGCCGAGGCAGCGGUCAGGGAGGUCUUGGAGGAGACAGGCUUUGACAUUUCUUCUCUGGUGAACCCCUCAGAGUAUCUGGAGGUGGUGGCAGGGCAGCAGCAGCAGCGCUCGCGCCUGUUUGUGGUUGCGGGGGUGGACUCGCGCACUGCAGUGUUUCAACCACAGACAGUCAAGGAGAUCAGUGUAAGUGGAGUGGGGUGGGUGGGUGUGCGUGCAUGUGGUGGCAAGUGA